GUGAAGCGAAGCGAACGAGCGACGUGUAUUUUCCAUAAAUUUAGAUUAAUAUACUUAAGGAUUACUUACCAUCUUCCGUCUUAACAUGUUUCUACUUACUGUACGUAUUGGGGAUUUCUUAUUAUAGUGAUCUUAAAGUUAUUUCUCGUUAGUACGUAAUUUUGUGGGCUUCUUUAAAGGUUAAGCGCUGUGAGGCACCAUGGAAGACUCCAGCAAAUUUCAACAGAUGCAAGAUGAAAUGUCCAGGUUCGAGGCGGAGAUCUCCGGCGGCGAGAUACCCGGCAUGAUGCGGCCCGUGAUCGCUGCCGGGACAUUCGGCGCGGUACAGCAACAACUUGAGCGGGCGCUGCCUCCGCCGCCGCCCCCGCCCGCCUUGCUGGCGGUGGACGGCAUGUUCGGGGCUCGAAUGAUGUUCCCAAAUGUACCGCCUCCGCCGCCGCCACCGUCUAUGAUGGUGCCAGCUUCGGUACAGCGUCUCCGGCCGGAAGGUUACCCGGGGCCGGGCAUGCCGUACAUGCGGCCCGCCAUGCCGGGCCCCCAGCUCAUACCGCCACCGCCGCCUAAACCGCAACCGGUCAUACUGUCCGCGGCGCCCAAAUUAUACAAACAACCUAAAGACGACGAGGAGAAGAAAGAGAAACGUGAGAAGAGAAAACGGAAGAAGUCCCGCUCUCCCCCGCCGCCGCCGCCGCGCGCCGCGUCCCCCGCCGCCCCCGCGCCGGCCCCCGCCCCCGCGACCCCCGCGGCGCCCCCCGCGCCCGUCAUCACGGAGACUGUCGUUCCCAAGGCCAAGAAGGAGAAGAAAAGCAGAAAGGUGGUCCGCACGGCCGGCGGGCAGGUGUGGGAGGACGUGUCUCUGCUGGAGUGGCCGGAUGAUGACUUCCGCAUGUUCUGCGGGGACCUGGGCAAUGACGUCACCGAUGAACUGCUGACCCGUACAUUCAGCAAGUACACAUCGUUCCAACGAGCCAAAGUGAUAAGAGACAAGCGGACUAACAAGAGCAAAGGUUUCGGAUUCGUCAGUUUCAAAGACCCCGGGGACUUCAUUAAGGCCAUGAAGGAGAUGGACGGUCGUUACGUCGGCAGCAGACCAAUCAAAUUGCGCAAGAGUUCGUGGAAGAACCGCUCAUUGGACGUGGUGAGGAAGAAAGAGAAGGAGCGUGCGGCCCUGCUCUCUCUACUGAUGUCGCACAACAAGAGCUGACAGCAGACUGUGUAAAUAUAUAUUUGAUUUUAAAAAAAACAGAUAUCACUUUGAUAUCGAUAUUUUGUGAAUUUAAUAUUUUGUAAUUAUUUUCAAAUGUGAAUUUGAAAAACUGUAUUAUUUUUUCAAAAAAAAAAUUUAAUAGAACCACUCAUUCUCUUUCCCAUGGAUGUUGUAAAAGGCGAGUAAGGGAUAGGCUUAUAAACUUGGGAUUUUUCUUUUAGGCGACAGGCUAGCAAUCUGUCACUAUUUGAAUCUCAAUUCUAUCAUCAUGCCAAAAAGCUGAACGUGACUUAUCAGGUUCUUCAAGACUGUUGGCUCUGUCUACCCCGUAAGGGAUAUAGACGUGACUAUAUGUAUGUAUGUGUAUUAUUUUGAUAACUGUAAGUAUGCGUUCGAAUACUGAAUAUUAAUCUGGUACUGUAAUUUUUAUGAUAUCGAUAUUCUGUAAUAUCAGUGUUUCUCUUAUAUUGGUACCGUGUUAAAUGAAAAGUCGGUAUUAGUUUUGUAAAUAUUAUAGUAUUUAGUUAUAAGUUUCAAUGUAAGUUUCGCUUUUAGAAGAAAAUGUUUCAAAAUUGUAUGUGAUUUGUACCAUUGAUAAUACUAUAUUGUAGACUAGGUAUUGCCCGCGACUUCGUUCUUCGUAAAGUUCACUGAAAAAGCUGAUCCCCCGUAUUGCUCCUAAGAGGGGUGGGGGGAAGAAUUUUUGUUUAUUAGUUUUUUAAUUGGAUCAAGCCUAACUGAUAUCUGAGAGAACUGCAUUCAAAUCUAAGCAAUAGGUUUCGCGUUUUGCGCGUACAUACAUACAGAUAGAAAUUAUAAAAAUCAUAAUUUUGGUUUGGUUCUGCUGGUUAUAUAAAGAUCCCCCAUAGCUUUCAAGUACAGAUAUCUGUCAGUUAAUAUUUUAUUAUAUGUAUGGAUAGAAUUUGUAUUGUCAUACCACCAACCAAUAACAGCCGGGUAUUUUGUAACUGUGUUUUGAUUGGCCGAUUAUCGUUGGGAAUUUUUUAAAUUGAUUAAAUGAAACCAAUGCUUUCAAAAAAUAUUUAAUGAGAUUUUCUGUACUUAAUAA